AUGACAGAACUACAAGAUAAACAUGAGGUACAAAAUGCUGUAGUUUCCGCAUCUGGUUCAAAAAAGGUGUUCUAUAUUUUUUUCAUUCUACUUAUUCUGAUAACAAUCACAUGUGUUGCUUUGAGUGCAGCAACGUUGAGCAUUGUUCGCCGUGAUUCAAAUUCAAAUUCAAAUUUGAAUAGUAGUUCAAAAAGUGGUUCACUUUCUCUGGCCGAUCAAAUCACUGUUGAAGAUCUACUGAAACAUCUUGAACAGCUUCAAGUAAUUGCCGAUCAGAGCGGUGGUACACGUGCCAUUACUACACGAGGAUUCAAUGGUACACUCGACUAUAUCACUAGACAACUAGAACAAAACACCAAAUUUAUCCUUCAUCAUCAGUAUUUCACUGUUCCAAAUUAUGUUGUUCGAGGGACGCCACAACUACAAUCACAAGUCAACGGUGCUGUGAAUAGUCAUGUUUACUUAACUGAUUUUGCGUAUAUGGUAUUUUCAGCUCGUGCCAAUUUCACGUCGUUCGUCCGACUCGUCGUCAUUCCGAAUCUUGGUUGUCAAGAUGCUGACUGGUCAAGCGUGUCAGCAGCUGAUGCAGUGGUGCUUGUCAAGCGUGGAGACUGUACAUACGUCGAGAAAGUUACAUUUGCUGAAAAUUAUCGUGUGAGAGGAUUGCUAGUGUACAAUGAUGGAACAGCAGCCGAUCGCUUUCAAGCAUUGCAAGGUGUCAGAGCAAAGAUGAAUAGUUCCGUUCCGGCAUUUUUUCUAUCUUACAGUAUGGGAAUGCAGUUAGUCAAUGCAGCCAACGAUGCAGGUGAGAAUGCUGGUAUUAUGAUGAAUGCCGAUGUGAGUGAUGCUGAAGGGAUAGGAAAUAUUUGUGCAGAUACACCAUCCGGAGAUAUAACAAAAACUAUCGUGGUUGGAGCGCAUAGUGAUGGAGUACCAGCAGGAAGUGGAAUCAAUGAUAACGGUAGUGGUACAAUUGGUCUCUUGGUUUUAGCUCUGAACUUGGCUCGUUUGUUUCAGACAUCAUCAAACAAUUAUCCUACUUAUCCAUAUCGCGUCCGAUUCUGCUGGUGGGGUGCUGAAGAAAUCGGUCUUCUCGGGUCCAUUUAUCAUGUAGAACAGGCCAUCUUAAAUAGUGAUAAGGAAGGCGAGCGUUUUCAAGAUUACCUAUUGAAUUUAAAUUAUGAUAUGUUAGCUGGUCCGAACUAUCGUUUUGGUAUACAUGACAGUGAAAUGGCACCGACAAGCACACCUCUAGUAGCUCUAAAUGGUACAAGUAGAAUUACUGCCCUCUUUCGUCAAUGGUUCACUGAACAAAAACUACCAUGGAGCAAUUCCUCACUUGGUGGUGGAAGUGAUUAUGUACCGUUUUUAGCGAAUGGCCUUGCAGUAGGUGGAGUCAAUACCGGAGCUGGUGGAAUCAAAACAGCUGCUGAACGAGAUCAAUAUGCAGCAAUAUUAGGCACUGGGAACGGUGGUAUCGCCAAUGCAGCAUUUGAUACAUGUUAUCAUCAACAAUGUGACCGAAUAACGAAUAUCAAUCCAUUUGCUUAUGAGAAAGUGGUGAAAGCUGCAGCUUAUGCAAUCGAGUAUAUGGGUCGCUUGAAUGAUUUAGAAAAGUGGCUCUAUCCUCAAGGUCGCCCAAAGAGACUAGAACGAAUCAGCAGAAGUCAACUUUACAACAUCCAAAAUGAUCCUGAACUCUACUAA